AUGUCUGGGCAAGCAAUCAACGCGUUUUGUACCGAUUUCUUUGAAUAUGACACGCCGAUGAUGGUUCAUAUAAAGAACAAGACAGUAGGGAUCAUCAACCGUGUUUUUGAGCUCAUCAUACUGUCAUACAUUGUCUUCUACGGUAUUCUUUACGAGAAAGGGUACCAGGAGUAUGACGAAGUUAGAAGUGCUGUGGCCACGAAACUGAAGGGGAUCUUGUACGAAAGUAACUCAUCCUUUGGCCGUAUCACUUGGGAUGUGGCUGACUACGUUGUGCCACCACUGGAAAGCAACGCAUUUUUUGUUAUCACAAGCGUGGUUUUAACACGCAUGCAAGUACAGAAGAACUGUUCCGAGAAUCCAAACAUCAAAGCUGCUUGGUGUGAGAAUGACCAAGACUGUCAAAGUAAGAUUGGCGUGAUCACACCAACCGGCAAUGGUCCCUUUACUGGUAAAUGUGUCCAAUCAGCCACUUUGCCAACCCGCAAAGUCUGUGAGAUCUAUGGCUGGUGUCCUGUGGAAGAUGACAGUAAAAAGAAUUUGUUCACGUUCAACGACUCCGAAUUCUUUACUGUGCUUAUCAAGAACAACAUCGAGUUCCCGAAGUUUAACUUUAGAAAACGGAACAUCAUGGACUGGUAUGCCACUGAUUCAGAAAUGGGCAAAUGUCGAUGGAACCCAAAUGAUCCUCUUGAUAAAUACUGUCCUAUAUUUGAGCUUGGGGUUAUUGCUAGGGGCGCCGGAGUAGAAUACUCCUCCUUACUGACAAAAGGCGGAAUCAUAAAGAUUAUAAUAGACUGGAAUUGUGACCUGGACUUCAGCGAAGAUUACUGCAGGCCGGAGUACUCGUUCCGCUGGCUGGACAGUGGCAAUUUUACUGUAUCCGUUGGUUUUAACUUUAGAUAUGCUGACCAUUUCUUCAUGAGAGACAACAAUACAAUCAGGUUCUACCGGAAUCUCUACAAAGCCAUUGGUGUGCAUUUUAUGGUGGAGGUCCGAGGUCGGGCUGGGAAGUUCCAUUUGGUGAACUUGUUGUUUAACGUGGGCAGUGGAAUGGCGCUGAUGGGCAUUGCCUCCAUUUUGAGCGAUAUCGUGGUUCUCUACUUCCUCAAGGCCAGAAAACUCUACAAAGAUAGAAAAUUCCAAGUUGCUGAAGUCUGCCCAUACGAGGUAGAACAAUUGC